UUGACCCGCCCAUGAGAAAACCAUGGAGAAAACGAGCUAGGAAGUACUAAAUGCACGCGCAAUUUUUGUUUAUCCUAGAGAGAUGGCGUUUGACCGAUCGAAGCACAAAAGUUGCUCAAUAAUUGACUGCACAAAUGAUCACAGAAGUGUUUUUUUACUUCCUUCAUCCAAUCCCCAGAAGGAUCAAUGGUUAAAUUUCAUUUACUCUGGGAAUGCACCGACACAACAACACACCAAAUAUUUGUAUGUCUGCGCCAAACAUUUCACAAACGACUGUUUUCACAACAUGGGUCAGUUCAGAGCUGGGCAUGCUAAACGUCUGAAACUGAAGUCUGGAUCAGUACCAACUGUCUUUGACUCACCUACAAACCUUGGACAAGCCAGCACAUCAAGUGCUUGCAUUCAGCUGCCUCUCUCAAGGGAUGUUGCCUGCCAGACAGACCACAUGGAAACACGUAGCUACCAGCUAUGCAGAAAAACAAAAUUUAGAAGUGAAGGUGUCCAGGCAGCUGUCUCCUGCAAAGACUUUGGAGUUGGGACGUCCGAUGCAGACCCUCUGUUCCUGUCAACAACACCUUUAAAGAGACCAGCCAAAAGACCUCGUCUAGACCUUGAUGAACUGCUCGAGGACAAUCCAUUGGAGGGCAGCUCUAUAGUGGAAGUUUCAAAGGGAUAUGAUUCCACUUAUGAUCCUGCAGACUCCAUCACAGCAUCGUCAUACUCUACACAACAGUCAGACGAUUCAAGCACUCCUACCCACAACAGCAAUAAGUACAUAGUGUAUGAGAACUGCAUCAUGGACUUGUUUAAUUUCUGUCCAGUCUGCACACGGGCAUGUGAUGUGAAGACCCAAAGGCUGGGGACAUUCCUGUCUGUGAAGCAGCGGUGCCCCAAUUGCACAUUUUCUAGACAUUGGAAUAGCCAGCCUAUCCAUGGGAGCGUGCCGGCUGGAAAUCUGCACCUUUCUGCCGCCGUGUACCUGAGUGGGGCAUCUUUCAUACAAAUUGAAAAGGUCUUCAAUACAAUGAAGCUACAGUUGUUUAAGUUUAGAACAUAUCGCCGCCAUGCCAGAUCUUUCAUUGAACCCGCAGUUUUUCACCACUGGAAAGUCACACAGGAUGUGAAUCUGCAGCGGCUAAGUCAGGAGGAAAAAGUUAUACUUGGUGGUGACAUGAGAGCUGACUCUCCAGGGCACUCUGCAAAAUAUGGGAGUUAUACAAUGAUGGAUCUCAAAACUAACACCGUUGUGGACAUUCAGUUGGUUCAGAGCAAUGAGGUUGGUGGUAGCUGCUACAUGGAAAAAGAGGGCCUGACGAGGAGUCUAGCAUUACUGGAGUCGCGUGGCAUCAACCUUGAUUGCAUUGUCACCGAUCGUCAUCCAAAAGUACAGAAGUUCCUCAGGGAGAGAAACAUAACCCAUUACUAUGAUGUCUGGCACAUGGCAAAAGGACUUUCAAAGAAACUCGAAGCAAUUAGUAAGCAGAAAGAUUGUGAGCCACUCAAAAAGUGGAUGAAAAGCAUCAACAAUCACACAUUCUGGACUGCAGCUAGUUCAACGUCCGAGCCAGAGAGAAUUGCAAAGUGGAACUCAAUCCUGAACCAUGUUCAAGAUAUCCAUACACAUGAGGAUCCUCUUUACCCCGAGUGCGAGCAUGCAAUCCGCAAGACAACUGAUAAGAGUAAAUGGCUAAAAGCAGAUUCUCAAGCUUUCAACAAGUUAGAGAAGUUGCUAACAAACAAAAGAAUGCUGAAGGAUGUUGCAAAACUGAGCCCCCACCACCAAACUUCAUCGUUGGAGGCUUUCCAUGCUGUCACCCUUUGUUUUGCUCCCAAAAAUGUUGUCUUUUCCUUUAUUGGAAUGCUGUGCAGGCUCUACCUGGCUGCUAUGCAUUAUAAUGAAAAUGCAGAAACGCACGAAGGUGUACCCAUCUUCAAACUCCCAUUUCCGAAGGGUAGGAAGGGAGAGUGCAGAGUUAAAAAGACAAAGCCGACCUUUGGUUAUGUUGCUGACAUGAUGGACCUAAUUUCUGAAAAAGUCUUUGUCAACCCUACACCAUACAACGAUGCGCUGUUGGCCAUGCCUGUCCCAGAGAACCCAUCAGCAUAGUAUAAAAAGCCAGACAAGGAGGAGGUCAUUGCCAGCUUUGUAUCAAGGUUCAAACAGGUUUUAAAACCCAAAGUAGUGGCCUUCCUCAUCAGGAAGCAAUGAACAGAUGCGCAGGGCCACACAUGCUGGAAUAAUGACCCGGAUUCUGCGACCCGAAUACCAGUAGCGACUGAACAUAAUUGAUAUUUAUCAUCGUUUGUAUUAUUAAGUUUAGGUUUGCAUCUUCAAUGCUUGUUAUUUGAUAAACAUUUUUAAAGUUUAUAUUCCCUCUGAUGUAAUUAAAUUUUGACACUGUAUAGAAUGAAAAUGAGGCACAAUGUUUUAGGUGGAAUAAAAAGUCAAAACUCAAGACAGGACUUUAUUUAUUAUUUUAUUAACUUAUGUAGAGAGUAGAAGAAAGAUAUGUUAAGAUUGAACAAUAGAUAGAUAGAUAACAAUAGAACAAACGAUAGAUGGAUGGAAU